GUCGAAGUAUUGCAAGCUGGAGGCGGGCGAGGCGGGAUCGCGAGCGGCGCAUACUCGAGCCGAGCAUCCCGGAGGCUGGACCGCCGGCCGACGAGACGCCGCUAUUCUAGUCCCUACCAUAAUGUUUAUUGGCGUCACCUCAAGUGGAGACAACGUGAAUUCUCAUUACGACUACCUGAUUUGAACGCUGGGGUACAUCUAGUGAAAGAAAUUUUGAACGCUUACAAAAAUGGCGCUAGAUUUCGUAGCUGGAUGUAUUGGGGGUUGUGCGGGAAUUAUCGCUGGUCAUCCUUUAGAUACUUUGAAAGUGCACAUACAAUCUGGACGAGGUAGUGCGCUGCAGUGUACAAAGGCGCUUUUAAAAGGAGGGACGUUGUCGACCGCUUACCGCGGUGUAGGAGCUCCACUGGGAGGCAUAGCUGCUGUGAAUGCUAUUGUUUUCGGAGUGUACGGGAAUACAAGACGGGCAUUACCCAAUCCGCAUGCACUGAGUACACAUGCGACAGCGGGCGCAGCCGCAGGAUUGCUACAAAGCUUCGCGUGUGCCCCAGUGGAACUGGUGAAGACCCGGCAGCAAUUAGCUAAGCCUGGAGAUGGCAUGCCGUCGGGAGCUUGGGCUGGAGCCCGACACAUAAUACGCACGGGUGGCUUCCGAGCCCUUUUCCGAGGACUCUGUGUGACGAUUGCUCGCGAUAGCCCUGCGUUGGCGAUUUACUUUUCGUCUUACGAGGCGAUGACUCGAGGAGAUCAGUCUGUUAUGAAAGUAUUCAUGGGUGGAGGUAUCGCCGGUGCUUUAUCGUGGGUGGUGUUAUAUCCUGUUGAUGUGGUGAAAUCGAGAUUACAAGGCGACCUCGUGGGAAAGUACGCUGGUGCGUGGGACUGUUUCGUUCAGUCUAUCCGUGCGGACGGAUGGCGAUGCAUGAAGCGUGGUAUCGGUGCCGUCACUCUUAGAGCUUUUAUUAGUAAUGGAGCGUGUUUCACAGCUGUAGCGUGGACGGAACGCGUUUGGCAAGGAAUGGCCUCUGAUGCCGGUGCGAAGAGUUACAGUCAAACCACGACUAUCGGUGAAGCUGUUUGUCAUGAGAACAACGAUCGACAAUUCGAUGUGUAGACGUGAUUUUAUCAAGAUAAAUAUUUUUUGACUGUAGAGAAAUGUGUUUGUAAGGAGAGUUAACUCUAUUGUAAGAGUUGAGAAGAUAAAAAUGACAUAAUAUUUAUGUUUGUUUCAAAAUUAUAUCUCUCUUUUGCUACCUAUUCUAACAUCGAACUAAUUUGACGAUUGAGAUAAAAAGUGCUACGAAGUGUCUACGCUAGCUACGAGCAUACGUGUCUACGCUCGAUACGUUUCUGUCUCAUACUUCUAGAAACAAAUCAGAAGUUACUAGAUAAUUACGUUACACAUCUGAAGCUAUCUGUCUUGUAAACAAAAUAGUUUAAUUUUAGAAGCUUACUGAUAAAUGUUAAGUAUCUACUAGGUACCCCUUUAAUGUGAGAUAUGGUCAAUCUUUAUCGCGUUUCCAUUGCGUUCUCUUUUGUAUCGAAAAAAAAUAAGACGAUAAUGUGAUAUUAGUUUUAAAAUUGAUUGUAACUAGAUACAGUAUGAACUAAAUGCUUUUGUAAAUACAUAAA